AUGACUUCACCAGGUUCUAAUGAUAAGCUACAAAUACUCUGGGAUAAUUUCAUUCAUGCUGAGCCGCUCAGUUAUCAGAAAUCUUUGUGGUUGGAUACAUUUCUUGCUGAAUUUUUAGCACAAGUUCACGAUGGAGUAGAUAUUUCUACUAUUACUUCUUCUUGGUGUUCAUUUGGUGGUAACGGUGACGACGGCGGAGUUUCCACACUGAUAGCCUGUGAAUUGCUUUCCGAUAUAAAUGAAUUGUGUAUGACAACUAAAAAUGAGGGUGGAGAUGAACUCGUUGAGCUCCGCAAAUACUUGAUUGAGGGACGCGGAUGGCGGUGUUUGGCAGUUCUCGAUUUACUUGGUGGUAUUCGAGAUCUUUCUUGUGGUCGGCAACUGGUCGCCCUUCUUAUAGCUCUGUACCCGGUCGUUGCUUCACACCAUGAGCAAGAUCAGAGCGAGGAUACCGAGAAAAAGAAACCGGUGGAAGCAAACCGUGUUACUUUUUAUAAUCCAUACAUUAAAUUAAAUUUAAAUGACGAAACUGUUGAUCAAUUGGAUAUUAUAUCUAAAAUGAAAAAAAAAAAUUAUCAGAGAAAGUUUAAUUAUCAUCACAAUGUAAAUAAUGACGCAGAAAUAUCACGUAAAAAAAUAAAAAAACACAAUGCUAUUGCAAAUGGAAAAAGACGUGAAUUGCGCACAGUUAAAAAUUAUAAAUCAGAUAAUGGAAAAACUGAAACUAAUUACACUGACUCAAGUACUAAUGAGUCUGAUUAUGUACAUGCGGAUGAUGAUAUUGAUCAAACACGUUCUUUGACGUUUAAGAUACGACUUAAUCCGAUGGAUUUUGAUUACUUUACGCAUGUAAUAAGGAGUGAUGGAAAAAUUGAGGAGGAUGAUGACGACUACGACGAGGACAAUAAGAUUGAUAAAAAAGAUAUUGCGAUAGGAGUAAAAAAAAAAUUCAAUAAAUCAUCUAAUAAAAAUAAAAAAAAUGAAAAAUAUUUUAUCGACGAUCGGGUUAAAGUUGUUUUAGCCACCAAGAUCAGCAAUUUAGAAAUGAGCUUUCUUAUUAUGCAAUUGCUGCAAAGUAUAAAAAAAGAUUAUGAAAACACUUGUGUAGAGCAAGCUGUUGCUGUUAAAAUAAUUAAAUUUUCUCUGGAUACUUUGUGGUCACUGCAAUUUGCUACUGAUUCGGAUAACUUCUGUUUAACUUCAAUUGAAUGUCUCAGAUUGAAAGCAGCCACUUCAAGACUGAUGUUGACCGGUUUGGAGCGAGUUCUUACUCUGGAUGAUCAGCUAAUGACUGCUGUAAUAAACAACGGGCUGCUACCAAUGACAUUGAGACUAUUAGAGGACAUUUGCAGUAGUAAAUUAAUCCUUUCAGCCAGCCCACAAGAGGGUUCAUUAUUACAAGAGUGUAUUUAUGGAAUGACAUACGGGACUCUGGCGUUUCUUUAUUACUUCAUCAGCCAGCGGAAAAAAAGCUUGGAUAAGCUAAAUGACUUUUUAGAGUUAUUCCAGCUAUUUAUUGAGAGUCAAGAUGGUAAAUUGAUCGAAAAAACAAUAGUGACAAUAUUAGAUUUACCAAGCAUUGAUUCAUCGAGGUCGUUGACUCGAGCGCAGAAAGUUAUCGACAUGAUAGGCGUGCUGAUAAACGGUCUCAAGCACAUAAAACAGGAGCUCGCUUGCAUAGGACAGCAGUCCAAGAUCAGUCAUAGCUCCAGUAACAUUAAGUCUAAGCAUAAUCGUCUUGCGGAAACUGAUUCUAUUCAGUCUUAUCAUCAUUACCAUCAUAAUGAUGUACUUGGAGUCGCUUAUUAUCAGCCCACAAUGGUCGCCAGUAUAUCCCAUCAAGCAUGUGGCUGUUCCAUUUCAUCCCUCUUUAUUAUUCUUAUAAGAUUGCUUAAAGAAUCUUCACGAUUUGACUGUGAUUUUCAAGUGAGGCUACUAAAAAUAAUGAAAAACUCCGGUACAUGCUGCUGUUUUCCUUUAAAAAUAUUACUUGUUAAUAUUAUUAAUUAUGUUAAAAAACAACCGCAUAAUAAACAUGUUUACUCGUUAUGCAUCGCAUUACUCGAGCGGUGUCUAUUUAAAGAAAGUUACAAUUUGUCAUCAGCUGCCAGUGCUAGUAAUGACAAUGAUUCGCACGAUAAUUGCAAUAUCUGCUGCAGUAAAUCAUCUGAUUACUCGUGGGACUUUAUCGAGUUGUAUGGAUCUCUAUUAUCGCCGGAAAAUUCUCAUUUAUGCUGUAUGACGAUGGCACAUUUAGUUAAAGUCACUCCGCAUUUAAAUUUAUCAGUUAAAUAUCAAAUGCUGUCUAAAGUCUUUUACCCGACAUUUUUAAAAGCAAAAAAUAAUUAUUGUAAAUUAACUAUUGACAGUAAAUCAACGACGACUGUUGAAUUUAUUAUCCAAUCAUGCCUAUCAAUUAUUUCCAGUCUAAUUGUUGACAAUAGUUUGUACGAAAAAUUUAUCCAACUCAAUGGAUUAGAAGAGGCGCUGGAGCUAUUGUCAAUUGGCACAUUUACAAGAUCCGUGUGCAAUUUGCUCCAGAUAUCUGUGAUAAUGGAAAUUUUUAACUCUACAAAACGUGAUAUUAAAGCCGAAGGUACGUCAAAAUUCACCGAGUAUUCACCGCAAAAGUUUUUAUUUGAAAUUCUCGAAUAUGAAACUCGCAGGAUUCUCUGUGAUAUUGAUGAUAUUAAAAAAUUUAAACAGCAACAGUGUUCAAUAGAAAAAUCUACCGGUGAUUUAUUUUCUAAUGACGAUUAUGAAUUUAAUAGAGAAAAAAAGACUGAUGAUAAUAUAGAAGAAAUAAAUAGUGUAGAUAAAAAUGAAACUGAAGAAAUGAAAAAUAUGAACAAACAAAAUGAAUUAUUAAUGAUGAGUUUUUAUAAAGCUAGUGCAGUAUGGCGUACUGCUGCUGGUGUAGCGCUUUAUUGUCCUAAAUUUCGUCAAGACUUUGCAACCCAUCCUACUAUUGUAGAGUCGUCAUUAAAUCUUCUUAAGAUCCUCGUAGUUAGUAUUGUUGAAGAUCACAUUCUAGGUAAGUAAGUAG